GCCGAGCGUUCCAUCUCCAUGGCGACGUUUGUCGCUAACGUUCUAGGGGCCCCGCCCCUUUCCUGGUGCCCAGGGUACCAGCCGCCGCCUCCUCCUCUGCCCGGCCGCCCGGCAACCAUGUCCAAAAAGCGAAGGCGGACAUGGCGGGCACUUUCUCCGCCUUCCCCUUCGACUGGGAGGUGGACUCCCCGACGCUGGUGCCCCGGCAGGGACGCAGGCAUGACUGGAGGCUGACCAGCAGCGGAGUGGGGCUCAACUACAGCCCCCCACUGCCCUUCCCGCCGCCCUAUGCACGAUCUACGAUCUAUGAGCCGCUGCCCCCAGCAUCUGAGAAAGUCUUCCAAGAUGAAGUCAUCCCACGCUUGACAACCACCUCACAACUCGCUUAUGGCCCGAAAACCCACGGGGGAGUCCUGGCUCACCCCCGCUACUCUGUUGCCUAUGCGCACUGGGACGUCCUCUACAACAAAGAUCUGAGAGAGAAGCUGAAGCUGAGAGCAUGGAGGUUCCCGCUGACCAUGGGCAACCAGAAGAGCGAGACGAGGGAACGCUACCCUGGCUGGCCCAAUCUCCCACAAGAGCCCACUUUCCAUGCUGGGCCUCAGCCAUUUGGCUUGGCUGCCCAUCACCUGGAUGGACCAUCCAAGUCCAUUGUUGCCAGCACACGGAAUGAAGAGAUGGCAGGCAAACCCUUCUACAUCCGGGACAAGGCAGUUCUGCGGCUUAAUGACCCCUAUAUCUCUGUCACCACCCGGGACUUCCAUCCCUUCACUGACAAGGAACGACAAGGCUAUGCCAGGAAGGAUGCUCUCUCGCUCCAGGGGUGUGGGGAAUACCCUGUGAUCCGUGAUCCUGAACCGAUGCGGGACAUCAAGCUGUUCCUCAACGCAACCCGAGUGCCCCGUCUGGGACCACACAUACCUGCCGUUCCCCACCGGGGUCUACUUCCCCUGACCCAAGAAUCCUACCAGCCUCCCCAUGACUAUAAACGCACCUGGGACCGCUUCUGCCCGGUGGAGAAGCCUCCCACAGUCUCCUGCCGGGUGCCUGUGGUGGAGAUCCUGUGCGUUCCCCGCAUGUACGAAACAGAGUAUAAAAACUACGGGAGUGGCAAGCCCAUGCCUGUGUGAGAGGCCAGUUGGCAGCGAGCAUUUUGCAAGGACCAGGCAGAGCAAACAUAUAGAAUCUAUCUUAUCUAGCAUUUGCUUCUGUUUUCAUUUUGCAGAGAUGACCAAAAAGUCUGUAUUGAUAUUAUUAACACUGCACAUAUGGGCAGCAACUUGGAUGAAUAAAAAGGAACUCUUC